GAUGCCUUGAAAAAGAAAGGGAUACAUGAAAGAAUGAGCUGCUGGCGCCAGAUGUGGGAAGUGCUAAUUGUUGGUCUGUAACUAUGAGUUUCGGACGAUGGCUUUGUUGUUUUCUCCUUUCUUUGGGAAGAAUUAGGAGUUAAAAAAAAGGUUAUGCAGGAUGAUUAUAUGUUCCAAAAAUGGAGCUGUCACCACGAAGAUCCAAGAUAGCUGACCUGAAAGUGUUGCCAUGUUACUAGAGAUAAACCAGUUUGGUUUCCUCUUAUCUGAAUUCAUUAGUAACUUUCAAAAAAAAAAAGAAAAGGUGUUGCCAUGCCCAAAAACUAAUUUAUGGCAUUGGAAUCAGAGCAACAUUCUGGCAUUUUGGCAUAGUUCCAAGGAGCGAGAAUCUAAUUCGGGUGCUGGAUCAUUUGAUUUUGGGGUACAAUCAAUAGAAAUGAAUACUUAGCCGAGGGGACCCUACCUUAACGGAGCAUUUAGAAAAGCAAUCAUCACCAAAGAUUACUUGCCUCCCGUACUCGGUUUAUGUUUGAUUCUUUGCCUCGACAUGAAUCCUCCUACAUGAAGUUCCCUUGAAGUCAUCCUCUUUCGCAAUUGCCUAGCAUCAAAUGCUUCUUAUUUCCCUUGGCCAACUUCCAUUGCCGGUCAUAACUUCAUUCUAGAAUGGCUCAGCAGCAUGUUGAAACCAACCCACAUUUUAUUGGUCCUGAUGAAGAGCUCUCACCAGAGCUACGUGAUCAUCUACCUAAUGCUUUGUUGCGAUCACGACGGGAUCAUGACCAACGUCCAGCGCCGCGUGGUCCACGGGAGAUGCAACCUCCUCAAGACGAACGUCUGCACCCGAGACAUCUUCAGGACCAAGGUCCCCGCCCACUUGGUCCGUCUCCGCCGGCACAACAUCAUGAAGACCAACGUCCCCAACCGCAACAUCGUCAGGGCCAACAGCCCGAGCCACUUGGAAUGUGGGCGCCAAGAGCACGGGUUCAAAGUCCAGCCCCAAAAAAACAGAAACGUAGCAGGACGCGUAAGGAAGUGGUGAAGCAACCACAGGUUCAAGACCAACAUUCUCGUGCGUCAUUGUUACAGCCGCAGGGUGAAAGCACCCAAGGAUCAAUGACACCGAAACCUGAGGGCCAGCAACCCUAUGAACGUCGCCCCCACUCAAGCCUUUUUCUUCCGCGAGUCCGUCGAACCAAACCUGUAACAUGGUUUGCAGCAGCUUUCUGUAUAAUUUUUUGGCUUGCCGUAAUAAUAGGAGGCUUAAUUGUUCUGGUAGUCUAUCUCGUCUUUCGACCACGUAGCCCACGUUUUGAUGUUACUAGCGUCACCCUGAAUGCAGCCUAUCUCGACAUGGGUUAUCUGCUAAAUGCUGAUCUUACCGUGCUUGCAAACUUCACAAAUCCAAACAAGAAGGUGCGCGUGGAUUUCAGUUCCAUGUACCUUGAUCUUUACUUCGAGAAUACACGGAUUGCUACUCAAUACGUCGAACCUUUCUCAGCAGCAAGAGGUCAGUCCAUGUUUGCAAAUAUUCAUAUGGUAACCAGUCAGGUUAGGCUUUCAGUGAAAGAAACUCUGCUGCUUCAAAAGCAGAUUCAGAACAACCGAGUCAUCUUUACAAUCAAGGGGGAGUUUCGAACGCGAUCCAAUUUCGGAAGUGUCUGGAGUUACUCGUAUUGGUUGCACGGUCGUUGUAGCAUCAUGGUGUCCAGCCCUCCCACCGGGGUCUUAAGAGACAAAAGAUGCAGAACCAAACAGUGAGGAUGAAUCAUUUCCAUUGUAAUUAUUUUCUUCUUUUAGUUUUGCUUCAAAACUUAUUAAUAAUAUUAGAAAUUGAUUUUGCACUUGUUUGAAAACAAAACACUUCAAUUUCAUAUAUAUCAUACUCAAUUUUGCAAAUUCAAGAAGAAAUCAACGCCAUUGGUCAACUCUUUUUCUUACUCUCAUCCACAUUUCUUUUUUAAUUCCAUUCUCCAUCUCCCAUACAAUUUAAGACAGAACAUCUUCUACAAGAAUCAGGGGAGAAUGCCUUUCCAACAAAAAACUACAGAAACCCAAGAAUCCUGGUCGGCCCUUUUCUCUAUUAACCAAUAAAAAGCUAACAAAAAACUAUAGAGACCCAAGAAUCCUGGUCCGCCCUUUUCUCUAUUAAAGGAGUCACGCAGAAUUCAUCACCAACCACAUAGCCCUCUUGCCUAAGCCUGGACCACAUACACACAAUUUGAGCAAGCAAAAUAGACAAACCAGUGUUGAAGGAAAAUACACAAAAAAAAAAAAA